CGAAGAGCGACUGACAGAGCUCGCGACAUCGAGAGUUUUUCCCACCUGCGUGAAAUAAUUUUGACACCGCGCUGGAUUCGUAGUAAACUAGCGAUUCCCAGGCCUGGAGAAGAGCUCUUGUGCUUCGCAGCAGUGGCUUACGGGCGGUAAAUUUGCGCCAGCGCUGGCAUGUUACUGUGUUCCUGGCUGGAGGUAGCUCUUGCAAUCGGAAUUUGCAAGAUCUUCCGUCACACUUGGCACAGCCAGGCUCGAGAGUGGAUUCAUUUGUGCCGCGAAGUUGCGGAUAUCAUCGUUGAUUCUUUCGGGGCAGUCUUGUCUAGGACGUAGAAUCGGACAUGGCAGAGAACGGAGGGAAAGAUUUGAUUGGCCCUACAUCGGAGGAGCUUCAACCGGCGCCUUUGCCAGAGAUCGGCGAGACGGAGUUGAAGUGUGGUGAUGAGGUGAGUGACGAGCAGUGCGCGAAGUUGGAGGUGGAGGUUAGCGAACUGGCUGCGAAAGUGGCAGAGCUGAGGGAAAAGGGUCCCAAGGAAUUCGCAGUUUUCCUGGAGAGGUCUCUGUCUGCAUUUCGUCAGCUUCCAGCGGUGGAUACCACUUCAGCCGAUGAUUCAGCCCAGGAGCAAGACAAAUUUUCGGAGUUGGCAGCUCAGCGAAUGGGCCUGAUGAAGCGUCUAGAAGUUGCCGUAGCGUCAUUACCCACAGUACUGAAAGAACUCCAGGAUUGCACACGUCGAUUGGACGACUUGAUCGAGAUCACAAAUCAAUAAAUAAAUUAAUGAGAGAUUUUGCAAUCUGGUCUGAGUAGUCGGAGAGAGCUGUUCCUGACCUUCAGUUCCGACUGAUAUGUUGAGUGUCAUAAGAGAGAUGGAAUCUUGGGCAAGCUCAGCUCGUAUUUGUGUGCUGAUUUCUCGUGAUUUUCUUUGAUACCGGGCACAACGCAAUCGGCCUCGUUACAUCCAUCCUUGAAACAGAGCCGGAAUUCUGAAUGGAAAUGUGGAGCCUUUGAUUCUUUAAUUGGAAAAUUGAAAUAUAGCAUUGGG